CACCUGUUGACGAAUGACUCAGCCUCGCAAAAACUAUAAAUGACAAACAAGCUUGUCAUCUGAUUUAAUUGCAAAGAAAUUAAAAUUCACUUUACAUGUAGGACUAGCACAUCAACGAAAGAUGUACUCGGACAUUUUACUCUGUUUUAUCGAGUGUAUGUUGAUUAUUUUUCAAUCUAAAUUGACUCAUGGACACGGUCGGAUGAUAGAGCCAGCAUCAAGAUCUAGCAUGUGGAGAUUCGGUUAUGACGCCCCUAUUAACUACGACGACAAUCAACUAUACUGUGGUGGCUAUGUGCAUCAGUGGGAGGUGAACGGAGGAAAGUGUGGUCCGUGUGGUGACCCGUGGGACAAGCCACGUGAUAAUGAGGCAGGGGGGGAAUUUGCAACUGGAACAAUAGUUCAACAAUAUCUAAGUGGAGCAAACAUUGAUAUAUUCGUGAACAUUACAGCUAACCACAAAGGAUGGUUUGAAUUCAGGAUUUGUGAAAAUAAUGAUAUUACAAAGCCCAUCACCCAAAAGUGCUUAAACACCAAUCUUCUCAGGCUUACAAAUGGUGGCAUUAGGUAUUAUCUCCCUGAUGAAAGACGCACUGUUUACAAAGUCUCCGCUCGUCUUCCCAAAGAUCUCACCUGUUCCCAGUGUGUACUCCAAUGGAAAUACAACGCAGGUAAUAGAUGGGGACCAGAUAUCCGCAUACCAGAGGGUGGUUGCGUCGGGUGUGGCCCUCAAGAACAAUUCUUUGGAUGUGCUGAUAUUUCAAUCCAUGAGACUUUAGAUGAAAUGAGUACACAACCCCCAUCAAAACAAUCCUUCGUGUCUACAACUGAAUCGUAUGAUAAAUUAAUAAAUGAUAGGCUAGUAACAUCCAAGGAAGCAUUAAGCAAAUGUGUUGCUAGGGGAGGGUGGGUCACAGAAGCAGACCAGGUGGUCAAAAACGAAUGGUGUAAUUUAGUUUGCUCAAGAGAACAUUGUCCAAAGGGAUAUUGUUUCUGUGAUCUAGAUGGAGAGACUAGUGAAAAAAUCUGCAAAUUCGAGGAUUUGGUUUGAAAAAACAAUCACUCGAUUAUUCUCAAACUGGACACGUAAGGAGAAGACCAUACGAAGCAAAGAUAAAAACACCGAUCCCUUCAAGAAAAGCAAGCAUAUAUGACAAUCGAAAAGAGCUUUCCAUUACUAAUACAGACCAAUUUAGUCUCCAUCGACCUUCUGGCAGAGGGCGUCCAUUAUUUUAAUCAUAUGGCUUCAAAUAUCAUGAAAUCCAUUAAUAAAAAUACAUGUGCUUUAUAUGAUAUUCUAUUAUUAGGAUGGCCCAUAAUGUGUCUAACUAUAAGAAGAUACAGUUUUGGUCAUGUUUUGUAGACAUCUUUUCCAACCCUCUACAUAGCUGUGAACGUUUCAUAAAUAAAUGCAGUCUAGUUAAAAAUGUUAUUGUUCCUAUUGUAUAUAACUAUGAUUUCAUGUAAAAGUAAUAAAGUCCAACUCACUUGAGUUUCGUUUGUACCUUUAACUGUACAGACUGGCCACUAAGAAGUAAGACAUUUGCUUUAUAUUGUCAUUUUAUCUUAUAUAUAUUUUAUUUACUUAUAUAUAUACGUAUAUGAAACCAUAA